AUGAAAAAUCGUCUAAUAAAAGAUAAUGUAGAAAAUAGUGAAGUGUGUAAUACAAAAAAAAAAACUAAGGACCAAAUAGUUAUAGACUAUGUGUAUAAAAAUAUUUUUAACAAAAAUAUAUUUCUUAACAUUUUUAAAAGAAAUAAUUAUAAUGGAAUAGAAAAAAACAAAACCAUAACAAAAAAAGACACAAGUAAUAUAGAUAUUGAGAAAAGAAAAGAAGAAAUAGAAAAUUAUAAAAAAGAAAAAAAUGAUAAUGAAGAAUAUUUAUUAUUUUUAAGUUAUGUGUAUAAUGAUUUAAUAUCCUUUAUAGAAAAUGAUAAAGAAUAUCAUCUUAAAAAUUCAGAGUUCUUAGAUAUUGAAGAUUUAAUUAUAGACAUAUGUGGAAAUAUAUGUCACAAAAGUUUCAAUAAUAUAAAAAAAAUAUUUACCAAAUCGCUAACAGAUCAAGAUAAUGUUUAUAAUGAUAUGAAUGAUAAAUGUAUAGAUGAUGAAAUAAACGAAAAUAAAAAUUUUAAUGAGCCUUCUUUUUUUUUUAUACCACCAAUGGAAUUUAUUGUUUCACAUAUUUAUAAAUUAAAUUCGAAUUUGAAUAAUAAUUAUUUGUGUAAAGAAAGAGAAGAUAUGCAGACAUUCAUAAAAAAUAAUGAUUAUGAUAAAAAAUGUAAUAUACUAAAUGAUAUAUUAAAUAAUGAACCACCACUAAAGACUAAAGAAGAUGAAAUACAAAAUGAGUUUGAAAAUGAAACUAAUAAAAAAAAAAAAAAUAGUAUGUAUAUAUAUCUUAAUAGAAUAAAUGAUAAAUUUGUUUCAAAUUCUAGUCAAGAUGAAAAAUCAAAAUUUUCUUUAGAAAAAGAAAUCAAAAUAAAUGACCAUAAAAUUAAUGAUUCAAUAUUUUACUAUCCAUAUAAAGAAAUAAAUGAAAGCUCUGAUUAUACACAUGAUAGUGAUGGCUAUAACAGUAGUAGUCAAGAUGAAUUAAUUUCCGAAAGUAUAAAUAGCUUAGAAACAUUAAAUGAGCAAAUUUCCAAUAAAGAAUCUAGACAUGAUACAUCUCAAAAUGGAAUAAACAUAUCGCAUGAACAAAGUGAAAACGAAAUACUCAAUGUGUCUAACUUCAAAGAAAAUAAACUAAUUUCUAACAUUUCCAUGAAUGAAAGAAGUUUAUAUAAAGAGAAUAACGAAAGUGAAACGAAUAGCAAACAUGUAGAUAAUUUAAAUAACUAUCACUCAUUAAAAGGUUAUGAUUCUAACAGCAUAUUCUCAAAAAGUUUCAAUGUUGCUAAUGCUGGCAAUGCUGACAAUGUUGAUAAUGGUGAUGAUGAUGAUGAUAAUGGUGAUGAUGAUAAUGGUGAUGAUGAUAAUGAUGAUGAUGAUAAUGGUGAUGAUGAUAAUGGUGGUGAUGAUAAUGGUGGUGAUGAUAAUGGCGAUGAUGAUAAUGGUGAUGAUGAUAAUGGUGAUGAUGAUAAUGGUGAUGAUGAUAAAAUAAAUAUAGAUCAUAGUAUACAUAAAAGAAAUGAGCCAGAAUUACCAGAAGAUUUUAUUAUAUCCUAUAGAUACCAAGAAUCUGAGCACAAAGACAUAGAUACUUACAAGUGCAGCAAUAAAGAGGAAAAUAAAAAUGGUUGUCAAGAAGAAAGGGAUCCAGUCUAUACCAAUCGAGAUGAUGAUGAUGAUAAUGAUGAUAAUGAUGGUGAUGAUGAUAAUGGUGAUAAUGGCAAUGAUAAUAAUGACAAUGAUAAUAAUGACAAUGAUAAUAAUGACAAUGAUAAUAAUGACAAUGAAAAUGAUAACAAUUCAAUAACAAAUGAAGAAAUAAAAAGAGUUGCAAAUAUACCAAAUAGUAUAAACCCUACUGAAACUCAAAAUGUUUUAGGUACUUAUGAAAAUAAUAAUAUAAUGACAAACAUUGAAUUAGCAAAAAUAAAUUCGAAUAAAAUGAUAAAAUAUACAAAUUAUGAUGAUCCUCAAAUUAAUAAUGUGGGCAUAGAUUAUGAAGAAAGAGACAACACCAUAAAAGAUAACAUUAUAAUUAACAGUGAUGAUAAAAUAAAAAUGUGUGAAUAUGAUAAACAAUCUUUUGAAAACAAACAAUUAAUAAUUAAACACAAUGAAUAUUAUGAAAAAUUAAAUAAAAUGUUAAUAAAUAAAAAAGAAAAAAUAUAUAAAGAACAAAAAGAAUAUACAAAAAAUAAUAACUUACAUGAUGAUUAUUAUUAUUUUAAAUAUGUAAAUACUUAUGAAGAUAAUUUAAAUCCAUAUUGUUAUACUAAGAUAUUGAAAAAAGCAAAUAUACAAAUAACUCGAUCCCCAUUUCCACAAUUUUUAAGGGAUAUACAAAUAUACAACAUUCCCACGAAAAAAAUCAGACUAAAAAAAACAAAUAUUACCUUAAAGACCGAAAAUGUAGGAGUGGAGAGUAAAACCGCAAAUAGCGGAAGCAAGCGAAAUAAAAUGAAAAAGAAUAAGAAAAAGGAAACAAAAUAA